UCAAAUUUUGUUAACACGUUUUACAUAUCGCUACGAUAUGUUUUGUAUGAAAGUUUUCUUACAUAAAAAAUGAUUUUAAAAAUAAAAUAUAUUUUUUUUAAUAAUUAAUACUCAAUUAAUUAUAUGUUAAUUAUAUUUCUCAUUUUGAGUGUGGCUGAUAAGGUCAUUUUUAACCUCUGCUUAUAACAUGGGUCACUAACACGCACCCUUAAUUCGUCAGCGAGAUUGCCCAGUAAUAAUGAACCAAUGGGAGAUAAAAUCAUUAAACAUCUAUAUAUCCUCUCGACAAAAACCACUUUUGUGCAGAUCAUGGCAGCCAUUUCUGCUGGAUGCAUAGUACAAGUUUUGGUCUCAGCUGGAGCUGGGUGGCAGCGAAGAAAGGAAGCCCUCUUGCCAAGCCAUGAAAAAUUCCUUGGCUACUACUAGUAGUGGUAAGUACUCCAGUGUAAUACUAUGAAAUUGCAUGUUCAGACAGCCAGACAUGAUGGCUGCUAAGUUGCUUGCCUCAGUCACAAAUCAAAUGAUACCUUCCUUGCCUCCCUUUCCCUCCAAAAUUCCCAUUUCUUGCUUCUUCUUCUUCUUCCUCUUCUCCUUCAAGUGCAUGGACGCUGAAUUGCUCACUAGAAGAAGAAAGCCAAGAACCUCUCACACUUCCGAUCCAUCUCCAUCCUCUCCUCUCUCUCUCUCUCACUUGUGUAGCUGUGUGACUUGCUGAGACAUGGGCAAACAGCCGGCGGGCGGCAGCGAGCCGAGGAGCCGUGCCCGUGCGUCCGGCACUGCGGCGCCGACGACGCGGGGGCCGGCGCCGCAGACGCACGCGCCGCCGCAGGAGCGUCGCCAAGAAGAGAUCGUCCAUGGCGUACGGCACGCCGUGGCGCCGGGCGACGGUGGCGCCGGUACCAGCGCCCGUCCGGACCGACGCACUCGUUUCGUGACCCAAGUAACGGAAGUGCCGCAAUCGCCGGUUCACGGCGACGCCGUCGCCGGGGAGGAAGCCGCCCUGGCGAGGAGGCCAGGGAAGAAGCCGUCCUACCUGCCUGCGCGGCUGAGAAGGGCGGAGGAGGGUAGCCAUGGCCGGACGCCAUGGUCGGCGCCUGCUGGCCACCCAGCACCGCCCGCCGCCGUGCCGGAAGAACCGCAGGAGCCGCGGUUAGGACCACCAGGAUUAAAGCCGGCGAAGAUCUUAGACACCCAUAAGAGUAUCGAGCGCACCAGCACGAUCAGAGACGAGGACGACGGCGUCACCUACCCGGCCGAACCGGCGCCGCCGGGCCGCACCUUCCCGGCCGCCCGGCCACCACAAGAUGAGCCUGGGUUCGCAACGGCGGCGCGACAUCCGCGCACGUCGCCGGGGACACCGGCGCUGCCGGGCCGCAGCUCUCCGUCACCAUGGCGGCCGCACAAUGAGCCUGGGUCGUACGCAUCGCCAUCGCCAUCGUCGGAGGCACCGGCGCGGACGCCGGCCAAGUCGCCGAUGCUGCGCCCUCGGAACGACAAGAAGAGGCGGCCGGUGGCGUUCUGCUUCACCGCGUGCUGCAUCCUCUUCUGGCUGCUGGUCAUCGCCGUUGGCGCCGCCGUGCUCGUCAUCUUCCUCAUCUACCACCCGCAGUCGCCCAGGAUGCGGGUGACCUCCGCCACCCUGAACGCCGGGUACGUCGACGAGCUCGGCAUCGUCGGCGGCGCGCGCGCGCUCAACGCCGACCUCACCGUCCUCGCCGCCAUCUACAACCCCAACACCAAGCUCCACGUCGUGCUCCGCUACAUGCAGCUGGACCUCUACUUCCAGGGCAGCAUGAUCGGGACGCAGGCGGUGUGGCCGGCGCCGCUGCACGAGGGCCCCCGCGGCAGCGUGCUCCGGAGCGUCCACCUCGUCGUCAGCGAGGUCACCAUGACGCAGGAGGACGUGUACGAGUGGCAGAACGCAACGAGCAAGGGCGGGCCCGUGGUGCUGCACCUCGCCGGACGCUUCCGCGCGCGGCUCAUCUUCGGCCGGUGGUUCAAGUUCAACUACUGGGUCUCGCCGCAGUGCACGCUCUGGCUCGACCCGCCGCCCAGCGGCGCGCUGCGUCGCGCGCGGUGCAGCUGACCCCGCGCGUUCGUCCCCCUGCUGCUGCGUCAA